AUGCCAAGCAAGCGUGGUGGCAGUGGAGGUCUCGAUAUCGGGCUCAUCUUUGCCCACAAGAUCCUCACCGUGCUCUUUAUUCUGAGCACCGUAGGAUGGAUCGUUGCUUUUAUCGGCCAGUGUGCCGCUGAAGCCGAUGGUGUUGGCCGCCAAGGUGUGCUCUGGUUCGCCAUCUUCCUCCAACUUUUCCUGAUUAUCGGCAAGUACCUGGGCGUGAUGUCCGACUCGCUCGGCACCUCUCGUCUGCAGCUCACCGCCUUCACUGCAGUUGCACUGGUGUUUUCCGUCUUCGGCAUCAACUCGGGUAUCUACUCGAGCAACUCGGCCGAUGAAGCGGUGGCAGCGGGCUGGUUCCUCAUCACCAUCGCCAACGUGAUCUGGCUGCUCUUCCUCACCACAGAGGAGGACUCUGUGCUUUAUCCGAUUGUCAACAUCGCCAAUGCUGGUAUCACGCCGCCGGCGGCGAGGACGAGCUCGAGGUACAACGGUGCCGGUGGAGCUGGAAGCGGCGGCCAGUCGAUGAGGAUGGCUGGCAGCGGCGGGGUGGGAACCGGUCUCGGUGGAGGAUAUGGUGCUGGAAACGGAAGCGCCUAUGGUGGAUUCCAGGGCGGUUCGGGGUAUCAGCCUGCCUACGGUAACAGUCCGUCGGCUGCCGACAUCACCACUGCCAACGGAACCGGGUUGGGCGCACCCAAGAUAUCGUCGGCUUCUAUCCGCAGUCGCGGCGCUAACGACGCUGGCGCGACGCAAGAUGCGCCUAGUGUCGCCUCGCACGGCGCACCCGCGAGCCCAGCACAAGUAGGAAGCAAGAGCACCGACCUGCCCGACUACGGCUACAAAGCUCGCGCGCUCUACGCGUACCAGGCCAACGCCGAUGACCCGACCGAGAUCAGCUUCAGCAAGGGCGAGGUUCUCGACAUCGUCGACAACUCGGGCAAGUGGUGGCAGGCCAGAAGGAGCAAUGGCGAAACCGGCAUCGUGCCCAGCAACUACAUGCAGCUCCUAUAG